AUGCCUCCCAAGAAGAAGGGGAACAAGGCUCGCGCCAACGACGACUGGGAGAAUGAGCUCGGCGAGACCAUCGCCCCCGCUGCCGCCACUCUAGAAGCUGAUGCCGAAAAGCCAGCCGAGGAGGAGGAUGAGACCCCCGGCGGUCUCAUGGCCACCAUGCGCAAGAACAGAGAGAAGAGAAAGAAGAAGGGCAUCGAGGAGCCCCCCGCCGCUCCCGAGCCUGAGGUCGAGGCUGAACCUUCGCCCAGCCUCGCUGAGAAGGCUCCCGAGGAAGCCACUAUGGAAGACGAGUUCGCUCUGCCCCAGAAGAAAGGCAAGGGUGGCAAGGGCAAGCAGGCUCCCGCAGCCGCCCCCGCCCCCGCUGCCGAUGACGAGGGGGAUGGCUCCGGUCGCGUCCUGACCAAGGCCGAAAAGGAGAAGCUGAAGAAGGAGAGGGAGAAGCAGCGUAAGAAGGAGCAGGCUGCGAAGAAGAAGACCACUGCCCCUGCCGCAAAGGCUGAACCUGCUAAGGCAGCUCCCGAGAAGAAGGACUCCCCGACGCCCGCCGCCGACGCCGUUGCUCCCCCGCCUGCCGAAGAGAAGGGUGGUAAGAAGAAGAAGAUUCCCGCUGCCCUCGCUGCGCUCCAGAAACAGCAGGAGGAGCUUCGUCGCCAGCAAGAAGAACAGGCUCGCUUCGCCGAAGAGGAGAAGAAGAGGAUCGAGGAGGAGGAGCGCGCCGCCAAUGAGGAAAACAAGCGUAGAGAGGAGGCCAAGGCUCUUAAGAAACAAAAAGAAAAGGAGAAGAUCGAACAACUCAAGAAGGAGGGCAAGUUCAUGACCAAGGCCCAGAAAGAGGAGAAGGCUCGCAACGAGCGUAAGCUUCAGCAGAUGCUUGCUGCCGGUAUCAAGGUUGGUCCUGCCGACGAGGGCGAGGGCGACAAGAAGAAGAAGGUCACCUACGACAACAAGAAGAAGGGAGGCCGCAAGGCGCAAGACAAGAUCGACGAAGAAAAGGCCCUUGCUGAGGCUGCCGAGCGCGCCAGAAAGGAGGCCGAACGCCUCCACAAGGAGGCAGAAGAGAAGGCGGCUAAGGAAAAGGCAGAGGCUGAAGCUGCCGCCGCCAAGAAGAAGGCCGCUGAAGCCAGUGACUUGGAGGACGACUGGGAGGCUGCCGCCGCUUCUGACGAGGAGGACGUCAAGGACAGCUGGGAUGCCGACAGCGACGAAGAGCAAGAAAAGAAGGCGAAGGCGGCUAACGGCAAGCCCGAGAAGCCCAGUCAGAAGGACGAGGACGAGGGCGAUGAUGAGGAGGACGACUCCGACUCCGACUCUGAUUCCGACGACUCUGAAGAAGAUGAGAAGGAGACAGCGGCUCGCCAAGCUGAGCUUCAGCGCAAGAGGGAGGCCGCGGAACGUCGCGAGAAGGCUCACCAGGCCGCGCUGGCAGCGAGAUCCAAAGACAACCUCCGAUCUCCCAUUUGCUGUAUUCUGGGCCACGUCGAUACCGGAAAGACGAAGCUUCUCGACAAGAUCCGUCAGACCAACGUGCAAGAGGGCGAAGCCGGUGGCAUUACCCAACAAAUCGGUGCCACCUACUUCCCUGUCGAGGCCAUCAAGCAGAAGGUAGCCGUUGUCAACACUGACGGCUCCUUCGAGUUCAAGGUCCCCGGACUGCUGGUCAUUGAUACCCCUGGCCACGAGUCCUUCUCUAACUUGCGUUCUCGUGGUUCAUCGCUCUGCAACAUCGCCAUUCUUGUCGUCGAUAUCAUGCACGGCCUCGAGCCGCAAACCUUGGAGUCAAUGAGAAUGCUUCGUGACAGGAAGACCCCCUUCGUUGUCGCUCUCAACAAGAUCGAUCGUCUGUACGGCUGGAAGAAGGUCGACAACAACGGUUUCCAGGAGAGUUUGGCUCUGCAGCCCAGAGGUGUGCAGAACGAGUUCAAGAACCGCCUGGAGCAGACCAAGCUCGCCUUUGCCGAGCAGGGAUUCAACGCCGAGCUCUUCUACGAGAACAAGUCCAUGGCCAAGAACGUCUCCCUCAUCCCCACCUCUGCUCACACUGGCGAGGGUAUCCCCGACAUGCUGAAGCUCAUCAUCCAGCUCACCCAGGAGCGCAUGGUUGGAUCCCUCAUGUAUCUUUCCGAGGUCCAGGCUACAGUCCUUGAGGUCAAGGCCAUUGAAGGUUUCGGCAUGACUGUCGAUGUCGUCUUGUCCAACGGUAUCUUACGCGAGGGUGACAGAAUCGUCUUGUGCGGUGUGGAAGGCGCCAUCUGCACAAACAUUCGUGCCUUGUUGACGCCGGCACCGAUGCGUGAACUGCGUCUCAAGUCGGCGUAUGUGCACAACAAGGAGGUCAAGGCCGCUUUGGGUGUCAAGAUCAGUGCCCCUGGUCUUGAGGGUGCCAUUGCCGGUUCUCGUAUGUUGGUCGUCGGCCCCGACGACGACGAGGACGACAUCAUCGACGAGGUCGAGUCUGAUCUCGCCACUUUGUUCAACCGUGUCGAAAAGACCGGCCGUGGUGUCAGCGUCCAGGCGUCCACCCUCGGUUCCCUCGAGGCGCUGUUGGACUUCCUCAAGGAUUGCAAGAUCCCCGUCGCCAACGUCGGCAUCGGCCCUGUGUACAAGCGUGAUGUCAUGCAAGCCGGUAUCAUGCUGGAGAAGGCGGCCGACUUCGCCGUCAUGCUUUGCUUCGAUGUCAAGGUCGACAAGGAAGCGCAGCAGUACGCAGACGACGUCGGCGUCAAGAUCUUUACGGCAGACAUUAUCUACCAUCUCUUCGACGCCUUUACCAAGCAUAUGGCUGAGCUCUUGGAGAAGAAGAAGGAGGAGUCUAAGAUGUUGGCUGUCUUCCCCUGCGUGCUCAACACCGUUGCUGUCUUCAACAAGACCAACCCCAUUGUUGUCGGUGUCGACGUCGUCGAGGGUCAGCUGAAGAUCAACACGCCGAUUGCUGUAGUCAAAAACAACGCCGUUACGGGUUUGAAGGAAGUCAUCAACCUUGGCAGAGUCACUUCAAUCGAGCGUGACCACAAGCAAAUCCCCGUCUGCAAAAGGGGCCAGCCCUCGGUCGCUGUCAAGAUCGAGAUGGGCGGCCACCAGCCGACGUACGGCCGCCAGCUCGAGGAGUCGGACACGCUGUACAGUCUCAUCUCGCGUGCCUCCAUCGACACCCUCAAGGAGUUCUACCGCAAAGACGUCAGCAACGAUGAGUGGCAACUCAUCAUCAAGCUCAAGCCCCUCUUCGACAUCCACUAA